GAGAAACUAUGCCUGUUACUUUAGAAGAAUCUAACAUUGAACUUAUGGCGAGAUUGCUAUAGGUGAUGCUGCGGAGCUGUUGCUAAACCAGCCUUCAAUAGUUUUCCAGAGACAAGAUUUCGAAGCACUAAAGCCAUGAGUAGUUGUUUAAUAAGGCCGAGGCUAUAUCUAUUGUAGUUAGUGUCUGUAUGAUACUCCGCAUAUCUCCAGCUUCAUCCUUGGCCCUAUACGGACUUCUCCGCAAACCCCACAGAAUAUCCAAAUUCCAAGCAUUCUGAAGUCACAUCGUGACCUUGCGGCGGAACAACAUUACGAAAGUUAGACCGAAAGUCCCAUGAACCAUUAUAUAAAUACUACAGGUGACUUCGUAUGAUCAUGAUCAUGUGCUCAUUAGCCACUCAGGAUUCGGAGCUCAUCUUGAGGGUGCCUCAUCUUCAACAUCUCAAGACACGAUGAAGCUCACACCAGCGGUUUUGGCGGGAACCCUUACCGCAAGGCAAGACAUCGACUACAAUGCGGCACCGCCAAACUUGUCAACUCUCCCUAACUCGACUCUCUUCGAAACAUGGCGGCCGAAAGCGCAUAUUCUUCCGCCAUCUGGGCAGAUAGGUGAUCCCUGUAUACAUUACACCGAUCCCGAAACUGGGCUCUUCCAUGUCGGUUGGUUGCAUAACGGUGCUGCUGGUGCCACGACAGACGACCUUGUUACGUAUCAUGAUGCCAAUCCAGAGGGACGGCCGUUCAUAGUAGCAGGCGGGAAGAACGAUCCAAUCGCAGUAUUCGAUGGGUCGGUCAUCCCUAGUGGCAUCGAUGGUAACCCUACCCUUCUGUAUACUUCUGUGAGCUUCCUACCUAUCCAAUGGACUAUUCCAUACACACGAGGAAGUGAGACGCAAUCUUUAGCGGUAUCUCGUGACGGAGGUCGUAACUUCACGAAACUUGAACAAGGGCCUGUUAUCCCAUCACCGCCUUUCGCAGUCAAUGUGACAGGCUUUCGCGACCCUUUCGUCUUCCAGAACAGCCGGCUCGAUACCGAACUUGAAAGUGCUCCUGGAACUUGGUAUACCGUUAUCUCUGGAGGUGUCCAUGGAGAGGGGCCUAGUCUGUUCCUCUACCGCCAGCACGACCCAGAGUUCCAGUACUGGGAGGAGUUGGGCCAAUGGUGGCAUGAACCCGUCAACACAACCUGGGGUAAUGGUGACUGGGCCGGUCGGUGGGGGUUUAACUUUGAAGUCGCCAACAUAUUCAGCUUGGAUGAGCAGGGCUACAAUGCUGAAGGCGAAAUCUUCACAACCUUUGGCGCUGAAUGGUCGUUGGACCCGAUUGUGCCACAAGUCUCGGAUUUCCGCGAGAUGCUUUGGGCAGCUGGCAAUGUUUCUCGCGAAGAUGGAAAGAUCAAGUUUCAACCAACUAUGGCCGGAAAGCUUGACUGGGGAGAUUCUGCAUAUGCUGCUGCUGGCAAGGAGUUACCGGCAACCUCGAAAGCCUCCCAGAAAAGCGGCGCCCCCGAUCGGUUCAUCUCCUAUUUAUGGUUGACGGGAGAUUUCUACGGCACUCUGGACUUCCCGACUAACCAGCAGAAUUGGACCGGUGCACUCCUGCUCCCGCGUGAGUUGAGUGUGGGAAAGAUCAGCAAUGUCAUCGACAAUGAACUUGUUCAUGAAACUGGAUCGUGGCGGAUUAGCAGUAGCGAGUCUGGUGUCGUUGAACUAGUGACCUUAAAGCAGGAGAUCGCGCGUGAAGCACUGGCCGCAUUAACUAGUGGUGGCUCUACGGUUGAACCAGGUCGGACUUUGAACUCACCAGGCGCUAUAACAUUCCAAAACGUUCCCGAAAGCAAAUUCUAUGUGAUUACUGCAUCGCUUUCCUUCCCGAAGGCUUGUCGCGAGAGUGGUUUACGAGCUGGCUUCCAGAUCCUGUCUUCUGAAUACGAGAGCACGACCAUCUACUACCAAUUCUCCAACGAGUCCAUCAUCAUCGACCGCAGCAAUUCCAGUGCCGCGGCAAAGACGACGAAUGGCAUCGAUUCUCGUAACGAAGCAGGUCGACUGCGUCUAUUUGACUUGGUGCAAGAUGGCCAGCAGGAGAUAGAAAGUCUUAACUUGACCAUAGUGGUCGAUAAUUCCAUUGUCGAGGUGCAUGCUAAUGGGAGAUUCGCGAUAAGUACUUGGGCUCGGUAAGUGUCAACUCUUGGUUCUUCAUAUUUGACAUAUAUUCUAACUCAUUAGCAGGUCUUGGUAUGCUGCUUCCCGAGAAAUUAGAUUCUUCCACGACGGUGAAGGGGAAGUGGUAUUUGGAGACGUGACUGUUCACGAGGGGUUGUAUGAUGCUUGGCCCGAUCGAAAGGGCGAGCAGUAGGGUAGCAAAGAAAAUAAUAUUCAACCAUUUUUAAUUCCCUUUCUUGGCAAAGAAUAAAGUGAUAAUCAUGAUGAUCUAUGUAGUAGGGAUUCUCAUCCUUCAUCCGCCAACAAACUCUACUAACUCGAUGAUCACCUUGUUACUACCCGGCUACACGAAUUAUCCUUGAAGUGUCAGAACUUGAAAAAUAAACAAUCGUAUGUCGUCAAAAAAAGAACAAGGAGCGUAGAAGAUACGCUGCGCC